AUGGAUAUGAUUCGGAUGAAGGUGGGGAUGGAUUUUUCUAUUGCAAACCCGUGGGGUAGCAUUUGGGUGCUUUAUAAAUCUUUCUUUGAUUGUCAAACGAUAGGUGAGUCGGAUCAACAACUCACUUUAAGCCUCCGAUCCCAAUUAUUGGCUGAGGAGAUCUACUUUUCAUUUAUUCAUUCGAAGUGUACCGUCCAGGAGAGGGAAGGUUUAUGGAUUGAGUUGUUGAAUGACAAGCCGGAGCUAAAACCAUGGUUUCUUGUGGGGGACUUUAAUGUUAUCUUAAAUGCAGAGGAAAAAAGGGGUGGCCUACCUUUUAGACAUACUCAAGGGAUAGAAUUAUCACAGUUUAUGUCAUUGGCGGAAGUUGGGGAUGCUGGGUUCUCUGGGUCUAGGUACACAUGGCGUAACAAUCGGCAGGGUAUUUUAAGAGUUUGGAAGCAGCUAGACAGGCUUUUGCUCAACUCAGCUGCUAUGCUUAUGGAGAAACAGAGGGUGCUGGAAGUUGAAAUAGAUCAUGAUAACCAUCUGUCAGAAAGGUCGUUGGUGGCUGUACAAGAGGCAAGUGCAAGAUUGAAGCAUACUUUGGUGAUUGAGGAAGAAUUCUGGAGGCAGAAGGCUCGUGUCAAAUGGCUAUCAGAUGGGGACAAGAAUAUGAAAUUUUUUCACGCUAUGGAUAAUGAGAUGUUGAUUGAGGUUCCAUCCAUGCAGGAAGUAAAGGAAGUAAUUUUUUCAAUGGACGAGGAGAGUGCUGCGGGUUCAGAUGGUUUCGCGGGAAAGUUUUUCACGUCUGCUUGGGAGGUGGUCGCUAAGGAUGUUCAAAGGGCUAUUGUCAGUUUCUUUUGUGCUGCAACGUUGCCAAGAAGUGUCUCCGCUACUUCAAUUGUUUUACUACCCAAAAUACAAUGCCCUCAAGAUUUCACUCAAUAUCGCCCAAUAAGUUUAUGCAAUUUUAUCAAUAAGAUCAUCUCCAAGAUUUUAUCUUCUCGCUUGGCAAAGGUUCUUCCUCACAUUAUCUCACCGCAGCAGAGUGGUUUUGUGCAAGGCAGACAGAUGACAGGUAAUUUUCUAUUACCACAAAAAUUGUUGAAUGAUAUUAAAAAACCUAAUAGGGGAGGGAAUGUGAUGCUCAAACUGGAUAUGAUGAAGGCAUAUGAUAGAGCGUCUUGGUUGUUUUUGAUACAAGUGCUUCGUCGGUUUGGGUUUAGCGAAGUUUGGAUCGAUAUGAUAUGGAGACUGAUAUCGAAUGUUUGGUUUUCUGUCAUUGUCAAUGGCUUGCCCCACGGUUUCUUUAAGUCCUCACGGGGUUUGAGACAAGGUGACCCAAUUUCACUAGCCUUGUUCGUUAUUGGUGCAGAGGUCUUGUCCCGUUCACUCAAUGCACUGGCGGAGUAUCAAAAAUUCAGACCAUUCAAAGUCCCUAGAGGCUGUUCUAUGGUCACACAUUUGGCCUAUGUAGAUGACGUGGUCAUUUUCACUAGCGGCCUUAAGGCUUCAAUAACAUUGGUCAAAGGAGUAGUCGAUGGAUACUGUGCAUUUUCCGGGCAGCGUGUUAAUUGUCAAAAGAGUUGUUAUUUGGUGCAUCCCACCUUGUCUUUGCAACGACGUGCGAUGAUUGAAAUGGUAACCGGCUUCUCGUACAAAUCUUUUCCAAUCAAAUAUCUUGGCUGCCCCCUUUAUAUUGGAAGAAGGCGGAUGCAUUAUUUUGCCGAACUCUGCGACAUGGUAACAGCCAGAAUCCUCUCAUGGAAGAAUCGUGUCCUCUCAUUUGGGGAUAAGAUUGUGCUGUUAAAGAGUGUUCUGUCUUCAAUGCCAAUCCACCUGCUAGCAGCGGCAUCUCCUCCGAAGGGAGUCAUUGCUUCCUUAGAAAGGGUAAUGACAAGUUUUUUGUGGAGCUCGACGGAUAUGGGUCAGAAAUUUCAUUGGUUAAGUUGGGGGGAGUUGUGCCGCCCACAUCAGGAGAGUGGGAUUGGAGUUCGUAGCUUGGCGAAGGUAUAUGACGCUUUUUCCAUUAAGCUUUGGUGGAACUUUCGGCAAAGGAGAUCCCUAUGGGCUGAAUUUUUAACAACAAAAUAUAGUAGAUGGGUGCACCCUUGUUUGGCAGAAGAGGGCUAUUCGCUUUCUUACACUUGGAAGAGGUUAUGUUCGAUUCAACAGUUGGCAGAAGAGCAUAUUUGCUGGGUCAUCGGUGAGGGAUCGAUGGAUUUCUGGCAUGACAAUUGGAUGGGAACUGGGGCUAUAUGUCAUCAUGUGGAAAUUUUUCAUGAGCAUGUUGUGUCAGAUUUUGUCUUCCAAGCGCAAUGGAAUAUGCGACUCCUUAAUCAAGUUCUAGAGCCUGAGUUGGUUAGGCAAGUUGUGAAGAUUCCCCCUUCAUCCACUCAUAGCUCUGAUAGGAUAGUGUGGGCUUUAACGCAGAAUGGUUCAUUCUCAAUUUCUUCGGCUUACACGCUUGUUUCGCAGGCUUCUAAUUAUUCUUGGAUGGGUCCGUCUAAGUGUCAUUGUUGUUCUGAGCCAACAGAUGACGAGAUUAAUCACAUAUUUUUAACAGGAGAUUUAGCUAAGGCGGUCUGGAAUAGAUUUGAGGGUGUCCUGGGAGAUUUGGAUAUGGUGUCUAUGUUGAGACAUGUGGGGUUACGGUGGUGGCUGCUUAAAGGGCACAACGUGUAUCUUAGGUUCGUUUAUCAUACAUUACCUAUGCUCGUCUGCUCGGAGUUAUGGAAAGCGAGAAACAGGGGACUGUUUGAUGGAAGGAAGGUGGGGUGGACGGAGGUGGCAGAUCAGGUAUUUCAACAGUUAUGUGAUUUACUACAUUGUAAUUUUCCGAAAAUAGUAUGUUCUUUCGUUUCUUGGGAUGUUCUUCACUCUUCGUUGGUAGCUCUGAAAAGAAGGGUUUCUAUUUUACCGAUUACAUGGUCGGCUCCUAGGGCAGGGUAUAAGUUGAAUUCGGAUGGCUGUGCAAAGGGGAACCCAGGAGUUAGUGGGGGUGGGGGAGUUGUGCGAGAUGGGGAAGGGAGAUUUAUCGUCGGUUAUUCCUGUUUUUUUGGGUUAUUGACCAGUUUACACGCGGAGUUCAAGGCCAUACUCUUUGUGGUGCGGCUCUGUGUUGCUCGAGACUUACAAGACUUGCAUGUUGAAUCUGACUCACUUGUCUUGGUGCAAAUACUCCAAGGGACACAUGGUUGCCCUUGGAGACUACAACGGGAAGUGGAUGAAUUGCUCAGUUUCAAGCAUCAUUUCCGUGAGAUAACCCAUUGCUAUAGAGAGGCGAACAAACCUGCUGAUUAUCUAGCUAACCUUGGCGCAAAUUCGGAGCAAGAGGAUGUUUUUGAUGACUUUUGUUCUUUGCCGGCUACUGUCCGUGGGGAGAUUAUCAUGGACACUUUAGGUUUUCCUAAUUUUCAUAGAAAAUUUCUAUAG